AUGAUGGAUCUUUCGAAAUUUGUAACUCAGGUCCAGAAUGGAGAAGAGGAUGAUUUUGACGAUGAAGAUGUUAAUGACACACAUGUGAGAGGCAAGCAUAUGUUAGAUCCAAAAGUUAUCCAAAAAUUAGAAUUAGAAAUUUUGAAGUCUAUGGCAGUAGGAAAAAAUGUUGAUGCGUCAUUUAAUGUGAAUCUUCCCGAUGCAUCCAUUGCAACAGCAACAACAUCAAUAGUAGCAACUUCUAUAUUUAAUAGUUCAACUUCAUUUACAAUGGAAAGUUUCACUGAAAAUACACUUUCUUCUUUAUUUCCUAAUGAACCCAUUCUCUUCGAUAAGUCAACAGGGCAAGAAGUUGAAGAAAAAUAUCCUUGUUCAUGUUGUAUCCAAAUUACGCCUAAUUACAAUAUGAUUAGAGCUUUUCCUAAUGCUGAUGGCCUACUUUUACCACCACAGCUAUCAAACGAUCGUGGAAAAAUAUGUUUAGUUUUAGAUCUCGAUGAAACUUUAGUACAUUCAUCAUUUUUAGCGAUUCCUCAUGCAGAUUACAGAUUUGAUAUUGGUAUUGACCAGAGUCCAGUCGGUGUUUUCGUUUGUGUUCGCCCAGGAGCUGAAAAAUUUCUCAAAGAACUUGGAUCUCUUUAUGAAAUUAUAAUAUUUACAGCUUCUUGUCAAGUAUAUGCUGAUCCUGUUAAAUAUAGACUUUACAGAGAAUCUUGUACAAAAUUUAAUGGAUCAUUUGUUAAAGACCUGAGCAAAAUGAAUAGACCUCUCGAGAAGAUUAUAAUUAUAGACAAUUCUAGCGUUUCUUACUUACUUCAGCCAUAUAAUGCGAUUCCAAUCAGUUCUUGGUUCGAUGAUCCCACUGAUAACGAAUUAUUUGUAAUAAUGGAUAAAUUAAAGCGUAAUUAUCGCGCAAAGAAUAUCCAUUCUAUUCUUUAUCCUGAAUAA